AUGGCACCUAGACCUCCUCCUCCUCAUAUUCCGAAUCCUGAUAAUCCUCACUUGGUGGGAGCGAUUGAGGCUAUGAUCGCAGUCUUGCAGCAACAAAAUGCCAAUAUGAUGAAUCAGCAGAAUCUAGCCUUGCAACAAAUGGAGUCUGCUAGGCUAGCAGUAGAGGCAACACAACAGAGACACUUAGAGGCUUUACAUCAAUUGGGGGAAAACCGUUCAGCAGCUGGCUCCUCCCAAGCUCCACCACCCCGGGUACAAGAAUGGAGUUUGGAGGAUUUCUUACAGCAUCAUCCAUCCCGCUUCGAUGGCAAGACUAGCCCGGAUGAAGCCGACCAGUGGAUGCGAGACAUGGAACGGAUUUAUGAUGCUAAGCGGUGUCCUACAGAAAACAGAUUGGCUUAUACUGAGUACCUUCUUGCUGGAGAAGCCGUUCAUUGGUGGUCUAGCAUGAAGAUGAUGUUGGAGGAUAGUCAGGACCCCAUCUCUUGGGAGUUGUUUAAGAAGAAAUUCUAUGCUGAAUAUUUCCCAGAUAGUGUGAGAUAUGCCAAGGAGGUUGAGUUCCUACAACUGAUGCAAGGGAACAUGUCGGUAUUUGAAUAUGCUGAGAAAUUUAAACAUCUAGGCAGAUUUCAUACCUUGAAGAUGGCUGAAGACUGGCAAUGCAGAAAGUUUGAAAAUGGGUUGAGGGGAGAUCUCAAACUCAUGGUGGCCCCACUCUCGAUUAAAGAAUUUUCGGCCUUGGUGGAGAAGGCACGAGUGAUGGAGAAGCUUAAGGCUGAGGUUGAAGCACAACAGCGACCCCAACAGAAGGUGGGAGGAUCAUCAGUGUCCAUGAGCAGACAUGAGGACAGGGGGAAACCAUACUCCAGGCCUCAGCCUCAGGGGCCUAGGAGGCCUACUCACCAGCCUCAGCAGUUUCAGCCCCAUAGGGCACAGUGCUUUCUUUGUGGAGGACCCCAUAUGAAGAAUGCUUGCCCUCGGAUCUCUAGCAGGAGGACGUGCCACGGUUGUGGCAAGGAGGGUCAUUUCAUCAGGGAUUGUCCUAUCAACAGGAAUGCAUCGCUGAGACCUUCAUCACAGUCUCAGCCGCAGCAGUCCAGGGGAGGAGCUACGCACUCCUUCGUGUCGGAGUCUAAAGUGCUUGAGUUGGGUCUUCCGGUGAGGGAGCUCCAGUUUGACCUGGUAGUAUCCACGCCUGCUUCUGCGAUAGUCAGGACCUCGACCUUGUGCACGAGGUGUUUGAUAGAAGUUGAGGGCGCAAAUACAGAGUGA